GUAGAACUGCAUGUCCACCUGGAUGGAUCCAUCAAGCCUGAAACCAUCUUAUACUACGGCAGGAUCCUCUCAGGUGUCCAGGCACCUGCCCCUCAGGAGAGAACUAGUGGCCCUUGAGAGUUUGUCCCUGACUCGGGAGCACCUCUUCCACCUCCCCAAGACUGUUCUGCUCCGGGACUCCUUCCGCCUUCUCCAGGGGCCUCUUUCACCUCUUCUCAGUCUCCUUCACGACCUGUCAGCUUUCUCCAAAGCACACUCCGAACAUGGCCACUCUCUCCUCCUGUUGCUGUCCUGCUCUGACUCCCUCCCUUGGCCCUGGGAAUGACCUCCCCACUGUGCACAGAUGCCUCCAGUAUCUACUCUGGCCUCCCCAUCUCCUGGCGAGGGAUCGCCCUCCCAGCCAACACAGCAGAGGAGCUGCAGAACAUCAUUGGCAUGGACAAGCCCCUGUCUCUGCCCGAGUUCUUGAGCAAGUUUGAGUACUACAUGCCUGCUAUCGCAGGCUCCAGAGAAGCCAUCAAAAGAAUUGCCUAUGAGUUUGUGGAGAUGAAGGCCAAAGAGGGCGUGGUGUAUGUGGAGGUGCGCUACAGCCCACACCUGCUGGCCAACUCCAAAGUGGAUCCGAUUCCCUGGAACCAGGCUGAAGGGGACCUCACCCCAGAUGAAGUGGUGGACAUAGUGGGCCAGGGCCUCAAGGAGGGGGAGCAAGCCUUCGGGGUCAAAGUGCGAUCCAUCCUGUGCUGCAUGCGCCACCAGCCCAACUGGUCCCUGGAAGUGGUGGAGCUGUGUAAGAAGUACCAGCAUCAUACUGUGGUGGCCAUCGACCUGGCUGGUGAUGAGACCAUCAAAGGAAGCAGCUACUUCCCGGGGCACGUGGAGGCCUACGAGGAGGCGGUAAGGAGCGGCAUCCACCGCACCGUCCAUGCAGGAGAGGCGGGACCUGCAGAGGUGGUCCGAGAGGCUGUGGACAUACUCAAAACAGAGAGGGUGGGACAUGGCUACCACACCCUGGAGGACGAGGCCCUCUAUAACAGGCUGCGGCAGGAAAACAUGCACUUUGAGGUCUGCCCCUGGUCUAGCUACCUCACAGGCGCCUGGAAUCCAAACACGGAGCAUGCUGUCAUUCGGUUCAAGAAUGACCAGGCCAACUUCUCACUCAACUCAGAUGACAUGCUCAUCUUCAAGUCCACCCUGGAGACUGACUACCACAUGACCAAACAGGACAUGGGCUUCACCGAGGAGGAUUUUAAGCGACUGAACAUCAAUGCAGCGAAGUCCAGUUUCCUCCCAGAGGAUGAGAAGAAGGAGCUCCUUGACCAGCUCUACAGAGCCUACAAGAUGCUGCCAGCUGCCUCUGGUAUGCUCCUAUCUGGGCGACUGCCUUACCCUGGCUCCUACAACUUUCUGUGACUUCUACUAAGAACCCUUCUUCUCUCAUGCAAUAACAAGAAUGGGCAAUGAGUGCCUGGCUCUUGGGCCAGGCUUGGUGACAGCUUCAACCGAUGGGUUUAUUUCUGUAGAGCCAGCCCAAGGGCAGAUUUGUGAAGGCCAGUCCCAAACUCUAGGCAUCUCUAAGGCUGUCUAAAGCCAAAGCCCAGGAGUUUUGGACCAGAUCCUGGCUCAUUCUGCUCCCUCCUUCCUGUGGCCUUGGAAAGGCAUCUUAUUCUCUUUGCCAUCUAAAGAAGGGAGCUCCUUCCUGGUUUUCGAGUUCUCUGAGUUUUAUAAUAUCCUGGGACUGUGAGUGUUGGCCUGAUCUUUCUGCUUCUCUGACCUGACCAGCAGGGCAGAACCCCUGAAGACAGCAUGGCCCCCUCUCCAAGCCCUCACCCUGUGGAUGGAGUCUUCACAACUCUGGAAUCAAGCGACAUUCUUACCUGUAUUCCUUCCAGGAAGACUGACUUUAAGAGCUACUGAUGCUCUCAAGCCUGUAUAAACACAGAACUCGGCAUGGCUGCACCUCUCUUCUGAUUAUGUGCCUUGGCCAGGGACCAGGGCCCUUGCCAAUGGCAUGGAUGAUUCUGAAACCCUCCCUCUAAGGCAAUACUUGCUGAAAAUCUGGUGUUCAAUAAAGCAGCUGGUGUCUGAUAUCAC